UAUUUUUUGACAAAACAAGUGUCAGUUCACUUGACAGUUGAAACAUUAACUGAGGUUAUGUUACUGUUUAUUUGCGAGUUCAAAAUUGUAUCUGCAUCUGCCUAAAAUUUUGUCAAAACAAAUAUUUCUGCUGUAUAGACAAAAUAAUAGGAACAAUGUCAGCUCACUCAGCCCCGGGCACCGCAAUGGACUCAUUGAGCGCGGCACUGAAAUGCAACAUCAUCCCGAACCAGGAAUACCUCCUCCAAGGCUCCGUUCUAGACCAAUACGUCGAAGUGCUGCUCCACAGACUGCGCGGUCUUUGCGACAACGUGGACAGCGGCCCCGAAUCAUUCCACGAUCACGAGUUAUGCUUUACUCUGAGAGCUGCUAACACUGGUACACCAAUGGUGCUCCCGCUGCGAGUUAGAAGAGCCCUGGACGUUAGCGAUGCCCCUUUUCAACUGCGAUACGUGGGCCAGCAGGAACUAGGAGACAAGAGCCGACCUACUGUCGUCAGAUCCAGCAUAGACAUGGCUUGUAGUUCUACAAUCAUAGAUUUCUUGACCGAACUCGGAUGUAGAUUGGAUUUUGAGUACAUAGCAAGAGGAUACAUGUUCAGAAAAGGAAGAAUGAAAAUCACAGUAUCAAAGAUAUUCAAAAUGGGCGGCAGUAAACCUGGUGAAGGUGUAGAGGCCAUUUCGCAGAGUUAUUUGGUAGAGUUAUCUGUGCUAGCACCGUCUGGGCAAGACGCUAUUGGUGAGGACAUGAGGAUAUUUGCAGAACAGUUGCGGCCACUUGUACAGCUUGAGAAAAUUGAUUAUAAAAGACUGGGAAAUAUGGCAAUGUGAAAUGUUUCUUUAUAUAAGUUAAUCUUAAGUUCGUGUAAUUGUUUUUUAAAAUAAAGUGAUGAUCACACUUU